AUGAAGCGACCCCUAAUUCAAUGGCGGUUUUCUUCCCGUUUUCCCGCGCAUUCCCCCCUCUGCCGGCUGCUCAACCUCUUCCCAUCUCCUUCCCCCCCUUUCACCCCCGCCGCGUCCUCCUUCCGCCGGCUGUUCCCCCUCUUCCCCCCACCCCCCCGUCCGCGUCCUCUCUUCCGCCGGCUGUUCCCAGGGGCGAGCACCGUCGCGGAAGGCGGAGCCCCCGGCGACUGCCGAUUCCAGCCGCUGACGCUGCUGCCAGAGGAUCACGAAAACGGGGAGCCUUGUAACGAGUACGACUACGCGGCGUGCGCGGAAGAGGACCUCGAUGCGUACCUCGAGUCGCUUCCCAAGUCGAACCGAUGGACAGAACUCGAAGCGUCGUGCGCGUGGCUGGACCAGGCCAACAUCCGCAUUGAGGAGCUAGACCUCACGCACGGCCUGCCGGAGCACCUCGCGCCCAGACGCCAUAGCAAGGAGUUCGCACUCAGGCCGAGUCCGCAGCAGCAGAAUCACCACUCCCAGCUCACAUCUGCACCGCUCCCCAUCCCUCACCACCAUGCCUCUUCCUCCCCUGGUGUACCCCAUGGCCAGUCCUCCUCCUACUCCUCCUCUCCGGGUGCCCCCUUUGAUCCGAUUCACAACUCUUCCUCUUCCCCGGGCAUGCCCUUAGCCCCACUGCACCAAUCCUCGUCCUCUCCUAGACUGCCCCUGGCGCCCAUUCACCAGGCCUCAUUUCACCACUCUUCCUCCUCUCCCGGAAUGCUGGUUCAUCCCAGUGGCGUUCCCUUAACGAAAUUUGCUGUGCCAGAACACAGCGGGGUGCAGUAUCAACCGGGCGUUCUUUACAGUCACAUGGAUGGGGCCGAUCUGGGGGGCAGCAGUGGCAUCUACAGUGCGAAAUUCAUUGAUGCAGAGGAAGAGGUCACGGGUGUAGAAAUCAUUGGGGCGAGUAACAUAGUCUUGGGUGGUGGUAACCCUACGCCGGCUGGUACAGCCGGUUACAGCUCUCGCCAUCCCAACUUUGGAGGCAGCGCCAGGUUUAUUGCUCCUAAAAUGGCCAUGCACGAGCAGCAGCAUCCUCGUCAGCACAUGCCACGUCAGCACCAGGCGUUUGCCACGCCAGCUAUUAUUGAAGCCUCAGCGGCCAUCGAAAACAAAACAGCUAUUAUUGAAGCCUCAACGGCUAUUGAAGCCACCGAAGCCGCUCCGUCCAGCACUCCUCGAGGCGACUCCGUCGGAACAGCUGGAGACGAUGGCGGACUUAAUGCCGACGCGGCAGCAAACGCUAAUCGCGGACAUUGGAGAGAGGACGAGGUCAUCGAGCUCGUUAAAGCCCACGUGGAGCUCGACCCGGAAUACCACAUCAUGCGGGGAGUUCAAGGCUCCAACUACUACGGCGAAUUGUACCGCAUUCUGCGGGCGAAAUUCCCCGAUUUCCGUCACACGGAGGGGUCCGUCAAGACGAAGCUGUUCCGCCUGAAAGGACAGUACUUGCAGCUGCGAGAUCGGAUUGAGCGGUCCGCAUCUGCUGCUCCCCGGAAUCUACCGGAUUGGUUUGUCUUGCUCGACACGGUCAUGGCACGGGAGUCCAGCAAUCGGCAGAAUGCGACGGCGGCGAACCAGCAAGGCUCUCGGCUGAGGAUGGGAACUGGUGGGUUUGGUGAGGGAAGGAAGAAGCGGGGAGCAGCAGCGAGAGGGGCAGGGAUGCUGUCAGGGCCCGAAGCAUCCAUUGCUGCGGCUAUGGCUGAAAAGUUUGCUGCUGCAAUGGGCUCUGCGGUGACAAACGCAUGCUUUCAGUUUGAGGAGCUUACCCGAGAGCUGCUGGAGAAUUCAUGCUCUCAGUUUGAGGAGCUUUCAGCUAGAUUGGCUGAAAAUGCAGCUGCUCAGUUUGAGGAUGUUGCUAGAGAGCUGGCAGCUAACUUUGUGGCUAACCAAGACGUAAAGAGGCGUAGAAGGUAA